CACAGCCACCACCCACCAGCCCUCCCCGGGUCGGCCAAUCCAUGGACGCCGCGGCCAAAGUGCUCUACUUUUCGUCGUCUUCGCGAUCUCCAUCGCCGAUCGAUCGAGCACGUACGUGCAACCAUGGCGGGCGGCUCAGGGAGCAACGGCGGGAGAACGAGGAACGGCGCCGCGGCGUCGACGGAGGCGGCGAGCGGCGGCACGGCCACCACCGUCGCGGCCCUCGUCGUCCUCCUCGCCGUGGCCUCGCUCCUCGUGCUCCUGCUGUCGCCGACGCCGGUGGCGAUGCGCGCCGACGGCGACGGCGUCGGCGUCCCCCACGAGCCGGUGGAGCUGGCCUUCGGCCUGGCCGGGCACGAGAGCUGGCUCGACGCCGUCCGCGCCUGGGCGAAGCUGGCGCUGCUGAAGCUCCGGCCGCCGGAGCCGCGGUACGAUCUGCGGAGCCCGGCGUCGGUGAAGAAGGCGGCCAGGGAGAGCCUGGAGAUGGGCAAGCAGGCGGUGGAGCACGCCGCGGAGUCGGCGGCGGAGACGCUGGGGAAGACCACGGUGAAGCUCAAGAGGAAGGUGUCGCCGCCGCCGGGGCGGCACCUCGACGGAGACCUGUGACGUCAGCAACGAGAAACAACAAAUUCUGUACACGUCUCCUUUUCCUUCGCAUAAGUGUAACGUGUUGAAGUGUGAUCUACCAAAUUUUGUGUUUCUGUAUCUCUUAUACCGAAUGCAAUGCAUAUUCUCGGGCAAAGAGAGUGUCCACGUGGCACAGUUUGGAUGGA